UGUGCUUACUCAGAGGAGUGUCUCAUGAACACUUUGCUUGAAAAGAAACGCUAUAAUCCGCUCAUCCGCCCGGCUGUCAACAGGACCGAGAGAGUCACAGUGAAGCUGCAAGUGUCUCUGGCUCAGCUCAUCAGUGUAAAUGAAAGAGAACAGAUCAUGACUACAAAUGUCUGGCUCACUCAGCACUGGGUGGAUUACAGGUUAUCAUGGGACCCUUCAAAAUACGAAGGUAUCGACAAGCUACGUAUUCCUUCCCGACACAUUUGGCUCCCAGAUAUUGUCCUGUACAACAACGCUGAUGGUACCUAUGAGGUGACAGUCUUUACCAAUGCCGUUGUCCUUUACAAUGGCAGCAUCAACUGGCUUCCUCCAGCCAUCUACAAAAGUGCCUGUAAGAUUGAGGUCAAGCAUUUUCCCUUCGACCAGCAGAAUUGCACCCUCAAAUUCCGCUCUUGGACAUAUGACCAUACGGAGAUCGACCUGAUCCUGAAGUCUGAGGUGGCUAGCAUGGAUGAUUUUACUCCCAGUGGUGAGUGGGAUAUCUUGGCGCUGCCAGGCAGACGAACUGUCAACCCUCUGGAUCCCACCUAUGUGGACCUCACGUAUGACUUCAUCAUCAAGAGGAAGCCCCUUUUCUACACCAUCAACCUCAUCAUCCCCUGUGUUUUGAUCACCUCUCUGGCCAUUCUGGUCUUCUACUUACCUUCAGACUGCGGGGAGAAGAUGACCCUCUGCAUCUCCGUCCUCUUGGCUCUCACUGUGUUCUUGCUUUUGAUCUCAAAGAUUGUUCCUCCCACCUCACUGGAUGUGCCACUGAUUGGCAAGUACCUGAUGUUCACCAUGGUGCUGGUGACCUUCUCCAUUAUCACUAGUGUGUGCGUGCUCAACGUGCACCACCGCUCUCCCAGCACCCACACCAUGCCUUCCUGGGUCAAGCUGAUAUUUCUUGUGAAACUGCCUGCCUUGCUCUUCAUGAGACGCCCUCACAAUAACUCUGCACGCCAGAGACUUCAACAACAGCGGUGUCUACGGGCGAGGAGAGCCAUUUUGGGCUUGGGUUACCCAGUUGGAUCCAAAACAGGUAUCAACAUGUCGUCUUCUGCCCUGCUGUCUUCCGACUCUGUAUUGUCCAACCCAGGACACCAAAAUCGAAGCAACUCAGAUUGGGCUGCUGAUGUCCAGGAGGCAGUGAACGGGGUGCGCUUUGUGGCUGAGCACAUGAUGGGAGAUGAUGAUGAUCAGAGUGUGAUUGAGGACUGGAAGUAUGUGGCUAUGGUGGUGGAUCGUAUGUUCCUGUGGAUCUUUGUGAUAGUGUGUGUGGUGGGCACCCUGGGCUUAUUUCUUCAGCCAGUCUUCCAGAGUCAGAUUAUUCCCAGCCAGCAGCCCAGCUCAGAAACCCCUCGCAUAUGAUGAGCAAUGAACA